AUGACCCUCAUAACAGGCUGCUCUUCAGGCCUGGGCUUAGCACUGACACGAGAGGUCCUGGCCCGUGGUCACCAUGUCAUUGCUACGUUGCGGAACCCAGAAAAGACGGCUGACCUGGACGAGGGAAUCGUCAUUGAUGUGCUCGUCAACAAUUCCGGAUUUGCCGUGCUGCAGACGAUUGAGCAGGUGACCGAGGCCGAGGUGCGUGCCGAGACGGAGACGCUCUACUUUGGGCCGCUGCGGCUGGUGCAAGCGAUUUUGCCACAGAUGAGACGACAGCGCUUUGGUGUUAUCAUCUAUAUCAGCUCGGGUGCAGGAUUGGAGGCGCGGCCAUCCAUGGGUAUCUACGGGGCUGCCAAAGCUGCAGGUGACGCCAUGACGAAAACACUGGCAAAGGAGGUCGCACCCUUCAAUGUGCGUGCCCUCUACGUCUCCCUGGGCGGCUUCCGCACCAAUAUGGGCAAUUCCACCCACACUGGAUCGCAGCCACUUGAGGGGGAUUAUGCUGGUGGUGAGGCUGACCAGACAAUCCGCUUUAUGGCCAGCGGCGCUUUCCAGGGCCGUGGCGACCCUACUAAGGUGGCCAAGGCCAUAUUUGACGUAGCAACUGCCCAGGGCGUGGGACGUGGUCACGAGAACGCAACGCUGCUACCGUUGGGCAGCGAUGUGGACGUCCGCAUCGGCGAGGUGCGGAAGAAGCUCGACGAUGCUCUGACUGUGUUUGGGGAUGUCUGCAACAGCGUGCAAGUGGAUGACUAA